UCGUCCUCCAGCUUUCUUGUCUCGACUUGUUACAAGUAUCUGCAGAAACUCAUAAGAAUCAAUUCAGUCAAAACUGAAUUUUUACUUCGUACCCCAACAAUAUAUUUUACUAAUUUAAAAAUCCGCCCAAUUAGUCAAUUAACAGUGUAGAAAAAAGGUUAAUGAUUAAUCACUUUGUUACAUGAAGUGAUACAUUAAAAGUGGUAAUUAAAAAAUUAUGCGCUAAAGUUUUUAUUAAUUGUGCUAUUAUUUCAUCCAAUACUUAAGCUAUUUACAAUCAUGUCUAAAAAUUCUCGAAAAAAUUUUCGAAACAACUGGAAUGUUGAAGCAUCCCUCAUUGCAAAAAGGACGCACAAUCCAAUAAGAUCUAUCGUGGAAAAUAUUGUAGUCGAGCCUAAUCCAGAUAAACAACUCAUUGCUUUAUCAAUCGGUGAUCCAACCACAUUCGGAAACUUGAAGCCACCAAAAGAAGUGAUAAAAGCUGUACAUGAAAGUAUUGAUUCACAAUUAUAUAAUGGGUAUGCCCCAAGCACAGGUUAUAAAGAGGCAAGACAAGCCGUGGCUGAAUACAGUUCAAAUGAAUUUACUAAUGUCCAAUUCAAAGACGUAGUAUUGUGUAGCGGUUGUUCAAGUGCCCUCGACCUAUGUAUUACAGCGUUGGCAAGAGAAGGUCAAAAUAUUAUUAUACCUAGACCAGGAUUUUCAAUUUAUCGCACACUAGCAGAAGGAUUGGGCAUAACCGUUAAGUCAUACAACCUUCAACCUGAAUUUGGAUGGGAGAUAGAUCUCAAUGACUUGGAAGCUCAGAUUGAUGAAUCCACGGCAGCUAUAAUUAUUAACAAUCCUUCAAAUCCUUGCGGUUCUGUAUUUAGUCGUGAUCAUUUAUUGGAUAUUCUUCAAGUUGCAGCUAAAUACUACGUUCCAAUAAUCGCAGAUGAAAUUUACGAACACAUGGUUUUUCCAGGAAAAAUAUUUUGUUCCUUGGCAUCUGUGUCUACUGAAGUUCCAAUAUUAUCUUGCAGUGGCUUAACAAAGAGAUUUUUAGUACCUGGUUGGAGAAUGGGCUGGAUAAUUAUACACGAUCGACAUCAUAUUUUAAACGAAGAAAUACGUAACGCUUUAAAUUGCCUGAGUCAAAGAAUAAUUGGAAGUAACACCAUUGUCCAAGGAGCGCUCGCACAAAUAUUGAAAAAUACUCCGCAACAAUUUUUUGAAGACGUUAUAUUAACUUUAAACACUCAUGCUUUAUUAGCUUAUGAACUACUUUCGAAAAUUUCCGGGCUCAAACCUAUCAUGCCGGAUGGGGCGAUGUACAUGAUGGUUCAUAUCGAUCUACCCAGCUUUCCAGAGUUUGAUUCUGAGCUUCAAUUUGUAAAAACAUUACUAGCCGAAGAAUCAGUUUUCUGCUUACCAGGACAAUGUUUCGAUUAUCCAUCGUAUAUGAGAUUAGUAAUCACAAUACCCAAACAUUUAUUGGAAGAAGCUUGCCUUCGCAUAAAUGAAUUUUGUUAUAGACACCAUGCCAAAAAUUUAAAUAAUAUAAAUAAUUCUGUCAUAGUUAAUUGAGUUAAGGACAUUGAAUUCGAUUCAAAAUGUUUCGUAAACUAAAUGAUUUUAUGAAGGAGGAAUAUACUUUCAAAGCUGUAAACUUGUGAGAAUAUAAAAUAAGUUAUAGUCUGUAAAAAAAUUCUCUUCAAUUAGAUUUUAUAGCACCUAUAAACAUAAAAUACGUACUUUUAUAAAAAAAAAAAACCGUUAAAAAUACAUAUCAACA